CUGGGCGGUCGGGUGACUUCACGGCGGCGCGCACAGACUCUGCAGCUCUAGAGGCGCUGCUGUCCAUCGCGCGCCCACUUGCCGUCGAGCGAAGCAGCAGCAGCAGCAGAAGCAUCCGGAGGCGGCGGACGAGCCUUUGCGCGGGGCAGGAAACACUUGGCAUUCUACAUGAACUACGAAAACCCUCCGCCAUAUCCUGGCCCGGGCCCAACUGCCCCGUACCCACCCUACACCCAUCAACCGGGUGGACCACCUGUACCUGGUCCCUACCCUGGCUACGCACCAGAGCCUGCAGGGCCAUAUCCAGUAGGACAGCCAGGCUACCAAGGCUACCCAGCCUAUGGAUGGCAGAAUGCUCCACCUCCAGGACCAGUCUAUGCAGAUGGACCUAAGAAUACAGUGUAUGUUGUGGAAGAGCAGCGAAGGGAUAACUCUGGCGAAAGUACCUGCCUGACGGCAUGUUGGACUGCGCUCUGCUGCUGCUGCCUUUGGGACAUGCUGACCUGAGUGACCUGAGAAGUCAAGCCUCAGUACCUCUGACUUGGAGUGCUAUGCAUUCUUCUUCUUCUUCUUCUUCUUCUUCUUCUUCUUCUUCUUCUUCUUCUUCUUCUUCUUCUUCUUCUUCUUCUUCUUCUUCUUCUUCUUCUUCUUCCCCCCUCUGCCUCCCCCCUCUCCCUCUGAUCUUCUCAACUGCUUUUUUAGUACUGUAAUGAAGACUCUGCUUUGCACAGGCGACAGUAACACCUGCCUGCCUUAGAGAUAGCACCAUGAUGUUGGUUAUGCACUUUUUAGUUUUAGUGGAGGAAAACCUCCCUUCCCCCCCCCCCACGUCUUUAUAGCAUUGUUUCUCCAACUUUGUGGUUCUUUAAAGAAUGUGCUAAAUAUUUUUUUUUUUUGCAAAAAGGCUUUUACUACAAAUUAUGUAUUUAUAAUUUUUACCAUUCUUAGAAAUGGAAUAAUAUGCAAUAAUUUAAGCCAAUCAUUGUUUGUUUUUCUUACUUGCUUCUACUUCUGGUUUAACAAAUUGGGCUCAAUAAAGAUUUGGGUCCAGUAA